AUGGUGGUGCUCCUUUUGUCCUAUCGUCGGGCAUUCCUACGCUUUCUAUGCUCUUUGAAGAACUCUUGUGCAAAGAUCAAGUUUGAGGUCGUGCUUGCAGAUGGGAUGGAGUCAUUAGAUCUUGUCAUCAAUGAACUUGCUACAGCCUUGAACAGCACCGAUCCUAAGGUCAGAAGAGCCGUAGCUAGAGCUAUGAGCUUCGACAUCGAGAUUGAUUUGCUGGUCUUGAUAUAUUAUCCGCUUGCGGGCUUUGUCGAUCUCAAAUGGCACUUCCAUAGCACUCCCACGGGAGAGCUGCGACAUCCGUUCUCGGGCGUAUGGUGGUAUCGAGGGCUCUGGGCUGGAAGAUCAUGGGCAGCGACGGGCUGUGUCUUCUACCAUUGUGGCGCGUUUGAUACGGUACAUCAAGUAUGUAAAAUUGAAGUUAAUAUGCUACGCGAUAUCAGCAUCACAAUCCUCUCUUGCUGCCCGCAGGACAAAGACUGCGAAACACGAAUUGCAAUAAUGCUUACUGGAUCAAAUGAAAAUGAGCUUUUUAUCAUUUCAUACGACAUCUCAAUUCAGAAGUCAAAAUCGACUGACGCUCAGGUUUUCGAGGGUCGCAGGCUGCUCGGUACUGAGAUUCUGCCAAACUCAACGAGAAUGAACCGUCAGCGAAGCCCAUGCAACGAGAGAUAUGGAGUUGUGAUCAGAAUGCGCCUCAAUAUGUUUGCAUCGAUUAUCAACCACAAUGCCGAAAGUAUGCGCCAAGAAGCAAAACCGGCAAACAAUGCCCACGCCGAUGCUCGCUGA